AUGUUCGUUACCACGGCCGAUGCCGACCUAGAACCGCCGAUUAUCACUGUGAACACUGUAGUCUCCUUGUUAGCCGUCGAUUACCCAGCCAACAAGCUAGCUUGCUACGUAUCCGACGAUGGUUGUUCUCCUCUCACCUUCUUCGCUCUCAUUGAAGCAUCUAAGUUUGCUAAGCUUUGGGUUCCAUUUUGUAAGAAGCAUAACAUUCCUGUUAGAGCUCCAUUUCGAUACUUUAAUGGUGAGCCCUUAUCAUCGUCCAAAGACAGUUCAUUGGAGUUCCAACAAGAGUGGAAAAAGAUUAAGGAUGAAUACGAACUGCUUUGCCAAAAGAUUGAAGAAGCAACGCAAAGAUCUGAGCCAUGGGACUUUACAGGGGAAUUUGCAGCAUUUUCACAUGUAGAGCGCAGGAACCAUCCUACUAUAAUAAAGGUUAUAUGGGAGAACAAGGAAGAUCUUCCCAAUGGUUUGCCUCAUCUGGUCUACAUCUCCAGAGAGAAGCUUCCAAAGCAUCCACAUCAUUUCAAAGCUGGUGCCAUGAAUGUUCUGGUUAUAUGGGAGAACAAGGAAGAUCUUCCCAAUGGUUUGCCUCAUCUGGUCUACAUCUCCAGAGAGAAGCUUCCAAAGCAUCCACAUCAUUUCAAAGCUGGUGCCAUGAAUGUUCUGAUCAGAGUGUCAGGAGUGAUGACAAAUGCUCCUUUCAUGCUGAAUGUAGACUGCGAUAUGUAUGCCAACAAUCCCAAGAUUGUUCUUCAUGCAAUGUGCAUGCUGCUUGGUGUCAAGAAUGAAAUGGACAGUGGCUUUGUUCAAUAUCCACAAUGCUUCUAUGAUGGACUCAAGGAUGACCCAUUUGGAAAUCAGUUGGUGGUUUUAUUUAAAUAUAUGGUGAGUGGAAUUGCGGGGAUACAAGGACCUUUUUAUUCAGGAACAGGGUGUUUUCACAGAAGAAAAGUUAUAUAUGGUUUAUCACCAAAUAGAACUGUAACCAACGGAGAAUUGGGUGAUGAGAAUUUGCAGAAAACAUUUGGAAAGUCAAUGAAAUUCUCCAAAUCAGCAGCUCAGGUUAUAUCAGGAUACAAUGUCAUAAAUCCUGAGAAUAGAGGUGGUAUUUCAAGUUCUAUUGAGGCAGCAUACCAAGUUGCAAGUUGUGGCUAUGAACAUGGUACCAGCUGGGGUGAAAAGAUUGGUUUGAUAUAUGGAUCGGCAACAGAAGAUGUCCUAACUGGGCUUACUAUCCAUGGGAGGGGUUGGAAAUCUACGUAUUUAACACCCGAUCCUCCUGCUUUUCUUGGAAGCGCUCCCUCGAGUGGGCCCACCACAUUGAUCCAGCAGAAGAGAUGGUCCACUGGGCUUCUGGAAAUUGUUUUAAGCCCAAAAAGCCCAAUACUUUUUCUCUCCAAAGGCAAGCUUCACUUCCGCCAAUUCCUAGGUUACAUGUGGCUUCUGGUGUGGGGUUUACGAUCCAUUCCAGAGCUAUGUUACGCUACUCUGCCGGCUUACUGUAUUCUCACCAACUCACACUUCUUACCCAAGGUGAUGACAAAUCAUAACCCUCUUGUUUUACUGUCUCGUGCUACCCAUGCCAUGUAUGCAUUACUGUUUAGCAUUUUGUACAUGCAGGUCCAAGAACCGGCCAUACUCAUACCCUUUGUCCUCUUUAUCAUCUACAAUAUAUACUCUGCAUCGGAGUACUUACGGGCAGACUUGUCAAUCUGGGCAUGGUGGAACAACCACAAAAUGUGGAGAAUCAUAUCUAUGACAUCAUGGUUAUUUGGAUUUCUAAGUGUUAUACUCAAACUUCUAGGAUUAUUCGAGACUAUGUUUGAGGUUACAAAGAAAGACCAAACCAUUGGUGCCGAUGACACCAAUGCUAAUGCAGGAAGGUUCACAUUUGAUGAGUCCCCGGUUUUUGUGCCCGGCACUGCCAUUUUGUUGGUGAACUUGGCCGCGUUGGCCCUCAUGUUGUUAAGGUUCCGAUUGACGACUCGUGGUGGAGAUGGUUCAGGGGUAGGGGAGAUCAUAUGCAGUGUGUGGGUGGUACUAUGCUUCUGGUCAUUUUUUAAAGGAUUGUUUGGGAGAGGAAAAUAUGGAAUUCCGUUAUCUGUUAUAUAUAAGUCAGGGACUCUAGCACUAUUGUUUGUACAGUUCUGCAAAUGGACCUCAAUGGGUUGA